AUGACAGGUCCAAGUUUAAAUUACACAACGAUAUUUCAGGACAAUCAAAUGCCAACAGGCUCACCAAAGGAAAGAAUUCAGAAAAUAGUAAAAUAUUCAGAACCAAAUAUUAAUUACAGUAACUCAGCUAAUGGCCACAUCCCAACUAACUUUUACGACAUGGUAUAUGAAAACGACUGUAACAAAGACAACGCACCAACAUGGAAUGGCAUACAGGAGCAAUCUGGCAGUGAUUCAAGAGAGAUGAAUCAAGAAUUGAACUGCAGUGCACCGACCAAACGAGUUUUUAGACUGAAUGGUGAAUAUUACACUGAAGUUAAUAAAAAAAUCAAAAGUUAUGAUCAAGAUUGA